GGGCUCUCCAGGGAAUCCUCCUGCUCCCGGUUGCGACCAUGGGAAAGAGAGUGGCUGUCGUUCUGGCCGGCUGUGGGGUGUACGACGGGAGUGAGAUCCACGAGUCUUCAGCCGUGCUGGUGCAUCUCAGCAGGGAGGGGGCACAGGCAGAGGUUUAUGCUCCUGAUGUUGACCAGAUGCAUGUGGUGGACCACGUGAAAGGACAGCCAACUCAGGAGAAGCGCAACGUGCUAGUUGAAAGUGCCAGAAUAGCCAGAGGCAACAUCAAGGAUCUAGCUAAGCUGGAUGUCAAGGGGCUGGAUGCCCUCAUCAUACCAGGUGGCUUUGGAGUGGCUAAAAACCUGAGUACUUGGGCCACCCAAGGCAAGAACUGUGUCGUCUCCAAAGAGGUGGAGGAUGUCCUGAAGGCAUUCCACGCUGCCAAAAAGCCCAUUGGCCUGUGCUGCAUUUCCCCAGUGCUGGCAGCCAAAAUCUUCCCAGGCUGCGAGCUGACCGUGGGUCACGACACAGAGUGUGAGAAAUGGCCUUACGCAAAGACUGCCGAGACCAUGAAGGAGCUUGGCUGCAAGCAUGUGAACAAACACGUCACUGAAGUUCACGUGGAUGUGAAGAACAAGCUGGUGACCACCAGCGCCUUCAUGUGCAAUGCCCCCAUUCAUGAGAUCUACGAUGGCAUCGGAAAAAUGGUCAAAGAAGUGGUCAGACUUGCCUGAAUGCCACA